AUGGCCAAUACUGCGCCCCUCAGCACCAAAUCGAAGCUCGUCGGCCCCGGAUCCUCUCUUCGAAUCACACCGUCCAACUCUCCUGUCCUUCGACCGGGCGCUCGAUCGCCGAGUAAACCAGCUCAUGUGUCGGUGCUAUCUCUUCAGACGGUCCUAGGAACAACGAGUUCCACCCCCAAUGGCUUCUCCAGCCAUGAGCCGAGUCGAAGAUUCGCGUUAUGCGCGGGGUCCGCGGCCGUGCUAGCAGAAGUCGACAACGAUGGCAAUGUUUCCCAACGAUUUUUUCGGGCCCGCCCAUCAGCGUCGAGUGUCAAUCCCACAACGUCCUUCUACAACCAGUCGGCACCGCCUGCGACACCAGACCCGCGCUCCCGUUCCCUCGCCCAUAUCCGCUCCAAUCCUCAUCUAACACUCACAAACGGCUCGCCUUCGAACGAUGUCAGCGAUAGUGGAAGCCCACGUGUCUGGUCAUCACGCGAAAGGGUCAAGGCUGUCACUUGCGUCUCAAUCAGUCCCAAUGGCCGUUUCCUGGCGGUUGGAGAAACCGGAUAUAACCCACGGGUACUGAUCUUCUCGACCGCUCUGGAUUCGUCGCCGGAUGUGCCUCUGUCCAUCAUCAAUGAACAUACGUUUGGGGUGUGCAGUUUGGCUUUUAGUCCGGACUCGCAGUACUUGGCAACUUUGGGAAACCCCAACGAUGGAUUCCUCUUCAUUUGGUCCAUCAAUUUGAAAACCGGGCUAGCAAAGCUACAUUCUACCAACAAGUGCACGUCGAUAGUUCGUGAGAUCCGAUGGGUUGGCCAGGCAUUGGUCACGGUUGGAGUCCGUCAUGUCAAAGUGUGGAGGCUACCGGUCGUACGGCCCGCAUCGCCGACAAAGACCAGGUUGGCUCUUGAAGGAGUCCCAUCGUCUAACCCGGUGCCCAAGGCACUUUCCGGCCGGAACUGUAUUCUGGGUCAAAUGAACGAUCAUACAUUCGCGUGCAUCAGCAGCAUCUCCGAACGGGAGGCGGUGCUGGGAACCGAGUCAGGGGCGGUCUGUUUACUAGACGAUCGUGAAGGUUGCCAGCGAUUGACGGUCGCUAAACAGGUGGAGUUUGCAAUCACAUCUGUGGCGGUAGACAUCGACCGAGAGUCGAUAUGGUUGGGAGGCCGAGAAAAGCGUGUUCAACGGCUUACAUUCGAGGACUUACGAUCUUCCGCGCUCAAUUCUUCCUCAUUUACAUUUCGGACGGAGAGAUCUGCAAUGAUCAAGAAUAUCAAACCCCCUGCUCUCGUGUGCAUGGGCUUGAUCUCGUCAUACCUAGUCACAGUGGAAGCAACGAGGGAAAUUCAAGUAUAUCCCAUUGGCAGCAUUCCCGAGAACGGAGAACUCGAUCGUGGGACGACUCGUGUAUCGGCACAUCAAGAUCCCGUGUUGGGUAUUCGCGCACUCAGGACGCCUAACAUUCUAGGCGCGGACAUUUUCUCGUGGUCCCGCAAUGGCUCAGUGAAUUUUUGGGAUUUCAGCGGCAAAUGCCUCCUCACAAGGACCGUGACAGUAGGGGAAAGUGUAGCGGGGGACGAGGACGUUCAAAACGAAUUGAAAGUUCUCAGAGCGACAGAUGACGCGGAUUGGUUUGUGGCCGGGGAUAGGUACGGCGUGGUCAGGUUCGUCUCAUUUCUGCUCCCCUCUAAUUUUUCGAUUGCGCGAGAAUCGUUUCGCUCACUCGUACACUACAGACUAUAUCUUGGCAAAACCUGGGACUGUGUUGAAGAGACCCGUGCUCACGGAGCUGAGAUCACGGAUGUCGCUGUUCAGAAAGUGGAUAACUGCUGGCUAGUGGUCACUGCGGGUCGGGACAGAAUGGUGCAGCUUUUUCUGAAAUCGGAGUCGCAUUUGCAAUUGAAGCAAACAAUGGACGAGCAUGUCGGUGCAGUGGGACAGGUCUUAUUUCUCAACGAUGGCCAAAAACUUCUUUCAAGCUCUGCAGAUCGCACAAUCGUGAUCCGGGAGCGAGCGACCAGAGAGGACGAGGGCAUGACCUGUUUUGCCUACCUCAUCACUAGGGUUAUCACUUUGAAAGCGUCACCUGUGUCCAUGGCCCUAAGUCCUGACGACUCGAACACUCUCUACGUCUCUAGCAUGGACCGAUGCAUAUUUAGAUUCGACAUCCCUUCUGGACGCCAAGUACACAGCUUUCGCGCAUCAGACUCUGAAGCAAAUGAUGCUGUGGUAAUGAGCUCCAUGACAAUCUUGGACGAGAUCCCCGAAAAGAGCCCCAAGCUUCUCAUCGGCGUUUCCAGCACUGACAAGUCAAUUCGAGUCUACGAUCUCGAAAAGGACUGUUUGCUGACUGGUGAGUUUGGACACACCGAGGGGGUCACUGAUGUCCUACUAUACGAACAACCCAGUCGUUCUGAGAAUGAUCGACCUGGCAGGCGGAAUCUGAUCACCAGUGGACUAGACGGCCUACUGAUGAUCUGGGACUUAUCUGUGCAGCCGUAUCUACCUAUCGAGUACGGCCAAGGGACACGAGACGAUGAAGGACCAGUUAAAGAGUCGGCCGCGGCUAGACCACCGUUGCGAAAGGUACUUUCGCGAAGCGAGUUGGCAGGUUUUCAGCGACCUGAUAAUCCUAGUCCGCUGGGCACGCCCACGCCGAGUCGCGCAUAUUCCCCGACACUGAGUAGAAAGACAUCCCGACUUUCAUUGAAUCCGCCAAGCGCGCAAAGAACGUCGCACCAUGAGACUCCCUCGCCACCAAACACUCGUACCUCGAUUUCAUUGACUUCGAACGAGAACCUGCGACGAUCUCCAUCGCCCAUCAGUCCACGAGCAAAGCCUCACACGCCUACUCCAGCCCAGUCGAAGACUGUGAGAAGCACCAAUAGGCGUUCCUCCACCGAUUUCCGCUCCCGAGUCAAACCAUCCAGUCGUAGUGAAUUUGGCAGCUUGGAUAUGUCUACUGACCAGCUGUGCCGGGCUCUUCGAGCAUAUCGCAAAAAGCUACAUUGUUCGAGAAAGCAACCCCAUGCCCAAAAUGAGCUUGAGCGUGAACUCUUGACUACAUUGCGAGCCGUGGGCACUCGUUACCAAAGCAGCGACGAGAGUGGCGAGACAGAAACAGACAGUAGCGGUAAAGAACUGGAACGGCAACCGGCUAAUCAGUCCGUCUCGUCGCGCCCGCAUCAGCCGCGUCACAUGCCGUCCACCCCUUUGCUUCGCCAGAGAGAGGUUCGCCCCGUGUCGCGUAGUCACUCUUACGACGCCAGCUAG